UCGAACCAGGAAGUGAAAUCAAAACACGAGCAGUCGGCAGAAGAAGUUGCAUGUUUGCAGUCUUUGUGGUCUGGACGGUCUGACUGUGUGUCACACGACAUGGAGGGAUUUAUUUCUCUUUUAAACUGUUUGUGUUUUUAACAUAAAGAACCAACGAGAGGCAGAAAAAGGAGAUAAACCAGCAGAGAGCCGGAGGGGAGACAAACUCUUAUUUAACAUAAUCGGAUUUUAUUUCCCCUCAGAGGGAUUUAAUCAGCUGUUUUAAUUUAUUCCUUUAAGUCUUUUUGGGGGAAAAAAGGAACAACUAAGACCAGGAAUGAAUCUCUGUUUCUGCCCUUCGUGAGAUAAGAAACAUAUUGUUGUCAUGGGGACCAAAUUACACGACGGUUCAAACGUCUCCCUUUCUGCCUGAAUGAUUAUGGCUUUCAGAACACCUGCUUGGGCAGUCGGCAGGUAGCCCCGGGCAGGUGAAGCGGUGUGUUACUCCAGCAGCAUGCGGUCUGAUGUGGAGUACAGCCCGGUGGGAGAGGGGUUCGGGAUGCGGGACUUCUGGCUGUACGUGUGGCUGCGGAGGGCGGCGGUGAUAGCGGCUCAUGUCACCGGCCUGGGACUGACCCUCAUCAUCUCCCUGCUGUCCAGACCCGGAACCAGUCUGUUUUCCUGGCAUCCAGUGUGUAUGUCCUUUGCAUACUGUCUGUGUAUGACUGAAGGCGUCCUCCUCUUCUCCGCUGAAGGAUCCCCCUUCUGCUGCAAAUCUCGUAAGAACAAAGUCCGUCUCCACUGGUUCUGUCAGGCUCUGGUUCUGAUAGCUGCCGCCACCGGCCUGGGCUUCAUGGUGGCCAGUAAGAACGUGUCGGAGCUCCCCCACCUGGUCUCCUGGCACAGCCUGCUGGGGGUCAGCACCCUGACCGCCACCGUGCUCCAGGCCGCGUUCGGUAUCUGCGUGAAGUUCCCUCAGCUGCUGCGUCUCUCCUCCCCCCCGCCGAGGCUGAAGCUGUACCACGCCACCUGCGGCCUGGUGGUCUACCUGCUGGCCACUUUCACCGUGGUCACGGCCAUGUUCUCCGACUGGUUCCAGGCCACGGUCAGAGGCGUGGCCUGGUGGGCCUUCCUGCUGCUGCCCCUCUUCCCCGCCCUCGUGGUCAUGAACCAGAUCACUAACGCCUACCUGCCCCGCAAGAAGAUCACCAGCUAGGCAAGCACGUAGCAUGAGGCGCUCAGCGGCCAUAUUGGAUUCACCCUGUACUCUGAAAUCAAAAGAAUCCAAUGGAAGCCAGAGUCCUCCACUGAAGCUGCCUCGAAAGACAAAAGAACUCGCGCUAAAAGCUUCACAUGCUGCUAUUCCCAGGGACAGAACACGUCAGUUACUGAAGCCUGAAAAUCCUGAUGCGUCUGAAGAGCAGGUCUGAGUGGAGCCACAGACUGUUUAUCAGAAGUGGAAGUAACCACUGUGAUGUCAUCAGUCAGUGUUGUGUUUGGUAUUUUUGCCGUCGCCAUUGUUGCUGUUAGGGGUUAAAAUAUGUAAGUAAUCUCCGAAUGUUAGCUUCAGAAAUAUACUGAGAUUUAUACCCAACAUUUACAUAUUGGAAGCAGAAAUCCCUUUAGCAUUGGCUUCACUUUUCCGACAUCGAGGCUACGUCCACUUCUUAUAUACAGUCUAUGCACAGAGCCAGCCUGUAGUGGCCAGUAGAAGAACUGCAGCUUUGGUGUCCUUUAUGUCUUCAUGCUCUGACUGAACCAAGAAGCACAAAGAACCUGAAACAGAUUUAAAGUUAGAAUAAAAUAAAUCUGAUGUGGUGACUGAUUAAGAGAAUUUUUGUCCUGGGAUGGAAACAGAUCGUGCACAGAUUUAGCCUUUAUGUGACUUUCAACCGUAAACAGAGGGCUGCUUUUUAUAAACAUACAACUUACUAUGAUAAUAUUCAACAUGAUUUCACUCUGUCAGUCGGUGGUGGCUGCUGCAUUAUUCUCACAGAGGGGGGCGCAGUUUCUCACAGAUGGACCGUGAGUUUGUUAGCUUGAUGCUAACACUUGCCGUUAAUGGGCCUCUGGAAUUAGCUUAGCAACUGUGGUCAUUUUAACUUAAGUGUCACCUAUCUUACUUAAUUAGAAUAGUUUUGAUUAAAAAGAUGCUGUCAGUGAGUUUCUUUGCAUCUCUACAGUCUGCCACGCUGCAGUCGUGUCAUUGGUCAGAAGUCGGUGAGCUGAUACGUGCUGCAGACAGUGCUGAUUAUAAACUGCUGAGUCUGAGCGUCCUCUACUGAACAGACUCAGUCCAAGCUUUGUUAUAUCUGCAUUAAAUGUCCAGUUAAUCCUGUAGAAAUAUAUGUAUUCUUGAUAUCAGCCAGCUUGGCCCCCCGGUCCUUUGCACCACAUGCUGAUAACCAUGUCUAACAUGUCCACAUAUGAAACACAGGACACAGCAGGCUACAGUUAUCCUGACAGACUGCUGACCGCCGGCUCAUGUUUGGAGCCGCUUCAUGUUUCUGAACGUCUUUGUGUGUUUUCUCUUGACAGGAACAUUUGCACUACAGUGACAUAUUUGCUCUGCAGUUAAAGCAAAAGAAAGCGUGAACAGUGAAUGGACUGUUUGUUUUAAAGGAAGCACCACCUGCUGAACUUGUGAGGAAACGGCUUCAGAGAUGAUGGUGCUACUGUUGAUUAUAUAUUCCCACCUGUGAGCUUUAUUUAUUUGCCCUUUUUGUUAGAUUUUUAUUUUUUUUUGUCUGUCUGGUUGUCAACAGGUGCUACAUGUAGCACAUUAGCUGUCAUUGUGCAUCAUUAUAAAUGUAAGCGUGAAUGCUCAAUAAGGUGUCCAAUGUAUGCAUGAUGUGGAGGCUACAUAAAUAUAAACAAACUCUUGUCAGUGAAAUGGAAAACAACAAAGACAGACGUGAAUAACUUCAUGUAGCACCUCAGCUCCUGUCACCUUUAUGUCAGCGUAUAAAUGAGACGCCUUUCUGUU